CCGGACGGAUUACCUUCUGCCUCUUCGCCCUAUUAUUUUCGAUGAUCCGAACUUGCCUUCCGCAUGGCCGUGUCAUACUCCAUGGACAAAGCCUGACGAGAAGUCGGGGCAGCUCAUCCCAAAUGUCGAGGCGAUCGUAGCCACGUUUCGCGGAUCGUCUAAGCCGGCGACCGUAGCCUUCUCCGGGUCGCAGGAUGGGUACGGUGCCGAAAAACGAGAGGAAAUGUCGUUCGAUAACUUUUUACGCGUCUGGAAUGAGGCGCAAGAGGGAGAGGGAGUAGAAGGACAGGAAAGUCCGUAUCUGAAGGACUUCCAUCUAUGCCUUGCCAGGCCGGAUUACGAGGCGUACCGAUUGUACGAUUUGUUCCAAGAUGACUGGAUGAAUGCGCACGCGCUUGCCCGCACCUCCGACGACUACCGCUUCCUCUACCUCGGUACUGCAGGGACGCAAACUGCCUGGCACCACGACGUCUACCUCUCGCAUUCAUGGUCAACCUCUAUCACCGGUGUCAAACGCUGGUUACUUUUAGCCCCUUCCGACGCGCAUCUCCUCUUUCAUCGGAUGACACGCGAACCGCCACCCAUCGCGGAUUUAUGGGCCGCGGAGCUGAAGUCAGAGGAUUACCCUUCGAUAGAGGAGGCGAGGAAGCGAUGCUUGGUGGUAUGGCAGUACCCGAACGAAACAAUGUUCGUCCCCAGUGGGUGGUAUCAUUCGGUGGAGAAUUUUGGCUCCACGCUUUCCAUCAAUCACAACUGGGCCAAUGCGUCCUGCAUCGCGAAUAUGUACGAUGGCCUUGCGGAUCAAGUCAGCACCAGCGUCUCGCUACUUUCGGAUCUUUCCUCUAUCACGCCUCUUCCCGAGUUUUAUACGUUGGUCUACGUUCAGAUGUGCAAACCAAGCUGGGGUUGGAGCUUCGCGGAGUUCUGGGAUGUUGUCGGAUACGCGAUCGAACACGUCUACCACAAGAAAGACGGUCAACCCGAGGCCGAUGAAGAGGAAGACGGGGGGCCAGGCAAGUGGAAGAUCAGACAAGGAUGCUGGAUUGACGAGGGGCCGGCGAAGGAUGUAGUAGCUGGCCUAGCGAGGAGGUGGCUAGCCAGGGAAGAAGCAACUUGCAUGCCCGAACUAGCAGACGCCGUCAAGCGGAUCCUUAGGCUGUGUGACGGAUGACAGCUGCAACGCAGUUUCCACAUGACGAGAGGUGUGGAAAUCAGCAGCGGGAAAGCUUCCUUUGGUUGUCGCGCAAUUCAAGCGACAACGUUCCUCCCUUCCAUGUUCCUGUGGAACAUCAAAAUGUGUGGCGUCGACACCGUCUGCCUCCGUUCUAGAUUGGCCUCGACGCGCAAAUUUGCAGGUCAUGAGUUCCAGCGGCACCUUCUGGCGACAUUAUGAGACUGAUGAGUAGACGAAAACUCACAGCUCCGGUUACAGCGUGGGCCGCUGCUUCCCCGCACAGAACAGGGCCGCUAUUUUUACUCCCUAACGGCACUGUACUUCCGAGGGAGCAGCGAUAAGAGCCUCUCGGGGGGCUUGGUGCGUUUCCUCUCGCUACGACGACCUCCAGGUAAUAUAAAACCUUCGCCAAGUCAAAGGACGUCCUGGUCGUACAACGGAGACAAUGUCUUCUUCCUAUUCGCGUGGCUCCUUCGACGAGAGGGCGGAUGACAUGGAGAAGCAUGAGCCUGGCUACCAGGCCGGGACGACCGUUGAGGUCGCUGACACGACAGACGACGACGCCUACCUCGAGAUCAUGGGUUAUAAGCAGGAGUUCCGUCGCGACUUCACGUUUUUGGGCCUGUUCUCCCUCGUGUCUAGCGAGCUUGCCGUCUUACCAGGAAUUGCGGCCACGAUAUGGUACACGAUGGGGUACAUGGGUCUGAUCGGCAUGACUUGGGGGUGGUUGAUUGCAGCAGUCAUGGGUCAGUUCCUCGUGUAUUCCCUAGCUGAACUAUCGUCUGCCUACCCCACGUCUGGCGGACUGUACUACUGGGCGUAUAUGACGGCAUCACCCAGGUGGAAAAUGUUAUCCUGCUACAUCGUGGCCUGGUCAAUGUUGAUAUAUACGCCUCUCUCAUGUGUCUCCAUCACCUACUCAGCAGCGCAACUGCUCGUUGCGACUUUUCAAGUCGGUUUGCCAGAGUACGAACCGAUGUCUUGGCACAUUUACCUCGUGUAUCUAGCGAUGAUGUUUGCCUCGUACCUUGUCAUCUCCCUGCCCACUCGCUACGUCAGCUGGUUCAAUAUCUGGGCGUACUUCAUUGGCACUAUUGUGCUGGUCAUCGUCACCAUCCUCCUGCCCAUCAAAGCCGACCAUCUGAACUCUGCCAAAGAUAUUUUCACCAAAGGCCAAAAUCAGAUUGAUUGGCCCGCGGGCUGGUCCUUCUGUAUGACAUUCCUCUCUGCCACUUGGACCAUCGCUGGCUACGACGUGGCCGCCCACGUUGCGGAGGAGACGUCCAACGCUGCUAUUACCGUGCCACGGGCGAUGAUAUGGAGUACCUGGUCCAGUGUUUUCCUGGGAUUCGUUUACCUGAUUUCCUUGGCUCUCUGCGCCACGGACAUCGACUCGCUCAUGGCGAAUCCCCUGGGACAACCCAUCGGAACGCUCAUGGCCGACGUACUAGGAACAAAGGGCGGUAUCGCCCUCAUGGCCAUCAACGCCUUCACGCAGUUCGCGUGUGGCGUCGCCUUCUUCGUUGCGGCGUCCCGGAUCUACUUUGCAUACUCGCGCGAUAGGGCCCUGCCAUUCUCCGACUGGAUCAGCCGCGUCUCCCCGCGCACGCAGACGCCGAACAACGCCUCGCUCGUUGUCUUCCUCCUCUCUGCAGCCUUCGGAGUGAUCUCCAUCGGCUCCGACACCGCUUUUCAAGCAUUCUUCCCGGGCAGCACGCUCGCUGGCCAGAUCGGGUACAUCCUCCCGGUACUGGGACGAUGCCUGUACGAGAAUAAUCCGGAAUACCGCAACGGACCAUACAAUCUCGGCCGUUUCUCGCGAGCUGUACGAUGGACCGCUGUGGCGUGGAAUGUGUUCAUCACUCUGCUUGUCAGUUUCCCAGAAGGUCCGAUGCCCAACGCCGUGGACAUGAACUGGGCUGUCGUCAUAUAUCUACCUUUCCAGAUCAUUGCGUUCGGCUACUGGUGGUUCAAGGGCUACAAAACCUUCAAAGGACCCCGACCGAACCUGCAACGACUUCCCCACAAGGACCAAUAG